AUGGGCCAGCAAACAAGUAACCAACGCCAUAAUGUACCUUAUGAAACACGUAUUUCACCAUCAAUUAGUUAUGGUACUCAAGUACAUGUCUAUGGUACUGCUACUGGUGAUCAAUUCGAAGUUAAUUUGGCAAAUAAUCGAGGUGAUAUUGUAUUACAUGUCAAUCCACGUUUAAAUGAUCGUCAAUUAGUAUUGAAUUCUGCACCGAGUGGUAACUGGGGUAGUGAAGAACGUAAACCAAUGAAUAUUUCACGUGGUCAAUCAUUUACUAUUAUUAUUAUGGUUACAGAACAAGGUUUUAAAGUUGCCAUUAAUAAUCAACAUACAGCUGAUUUUAAUCAUCGAAUGCCUUUCAAUGCAGCUGAAACAGUUACUGUCAAGGGUGAUGUUAGUUUAUCACAUGUUCAAGUAUAUCCUGGUUUUACUCAAAAUGGUCAACAAUGGCGAUUUACUAUGGACACACCAGUUCCUAUCAAUGUUUUUCCUGGUCGUGUACUUUAUAUCAAUGGUCGAUCAAAUAAUAAUGCUUCGUGUUUUGAAUUCAAUUUAUUGACAAAUACAUAUGGAGGUGAUGUAGCAUUUCAUCUUAAUCCACGUUUUGAUCAACGAGAAGCAAUACGUAAUUCAUGUCAAGGUGGUGGUUGGGGCGCAGAAGAAAAACAAGGCGGAUUUCCAUUGAAUCCAGGUCAAGAAUUUGAAAUUCAAAUUAUCUGCUUUCCAGAACAUUAUCAGGUCAAUUGUAAUGGUCAACCAUGGUUUACCUAUAGACACCGGGUAUCUUUUCAAGCUGUUCAAGCAUUACAAGUUAAAGGCGAUGUUACAAUUUCUAAUGUACGCGCUAUGUAG